AUGGGAGAUCUGUCAGAGGACCUGUUAGAAAGCAGGUGUCCUCGUCUGAUCUCAGAGCGUCACUUCUCCUCAGGAUCACCAGAGGAAACACCGACACACAAAAUGCUUCUCCUCCCAGCUGCUGCCCUGUACUGUCUGUGUUCAGGUGAGUGUUUCAAUCAGCCAAUCAGGAGCCAGCAAACUCGACCUUUACCAAACACCGUCUCACUCACCUGCUUCACCUGUGUGUGUGUGUGUGUGUGUGUGUGUGUGUGUGUGUGUGUGUGUGUGUGUGUGUGUCUGCAGCUCUGCUUUCAACAGCAGAAGAUCUGAUCCAGGAGGAUUUAACUCUGACCAGGAGAGAAGGAGAACAAGUCUCCUUCAGCUGUGAUCAAACUGACCGAUGUGAUAGUAGCUGGGUAUACUGGUACCAGAAGAAAGACUCAGACACAUUUAAAAGGAUUCUUUAUAUAACCAGGGGUAGUGGUGCACUAGGCAAAGGCUACAAUCAUCCUCAGGAAGAUGAUUUCUCAGCUGUAAAAAUUCAGAACAGCUGGGGUUUGCAGAUCCAGACAGUUAAAGUCUCUCAUUCAGCCACCUACUACUGCUCCUGUUGGAAAGUGAAGACCCACAGUGAGAAAUGA